AUGCCUCCCAGACCAAAAUCACAGAAACGCCCAGUUCCCGAUGGACUCAAUCAGCGUGCCCCAAUCUCGGCUUCUGUUAGUAAACGCUUACGGGGUGCAAUGAGUGUUUCCAGUGCGGCCAGCUCUUUCAAUUCUAUAAACUCUAUAGUUUCUGGAUCGACAACAGAGGCGGACACAGAUAUUGGUAACGGCCCACCGAGCCUUGUAGAGAGCUUCAGUAGCUAUCCCGAGGACCAAGCAGUGGAGGAAUACUCCUCACGUGGGUGGGUCGGACUUGACGAUCAUCCAGAGGAAGAUGACGCUGCUUUGGAGAUCUAUGAAGAUGACUACGACUAUGUGGAUGACUAUGAGGAUGAGUAUGAACCUGGAGAUGAGAAUCUCGCACCUCCAAACUCUCCACCACCAAUACCAGCUCCCCGACCAGCACCAAGGCCCCUCUCUGAACGUAGGCCCUCUCCCCCACCAUUACAAAGGCCCCCCCCCCCAGAACGAAUACAAUCUCAGGCUCCCCCACCAUUACAAAGGCCCCCCCCCCCAGAACGAAUACAAUCUCAGGCUCCCCCACCAUUACAAAGGCCCCCCCCCCCAGAGCGAAUACCAUCUCAGGCUCCCCCAGAACGAAGACAUUUCCAGGCUCCCCCAAACCAGGGAUCACGGCUCGGGAAAAGAGUGGCAGAGGCUCCUGUGGCCUCCGCCAGGGCUCUUGUGGCCUCCCGUAAGAGAUCAAGUAGGCCAGUAGAAGAAGCAAUUGCUUCUUCUUCUGUUCCGGUGAAAAUAACGCAGGUAUUUGCUCACUAUACUCUCUGGUAUGGCAAUCGUCAUGCAGUUAAUCCACCCAAACCGACGACGCAACGGGACCCCCGGAAGGCGUCGCAAGCCAUCGAGAGACCUUCCUUUACAUCUCCAAGUUCCUCGAUUCGUUCGUCAAGCACCUUACGACCUGAGCGUGAGCUUGAUAGUACACCACCGGCUUCGCAUUCAUAUCGUACCCCUCCGGCUACCCAAUAUUGUGGUUCCCCUCUUGUGCAUGAGACACCUGGGCCGGAGUCACUUGGCGGAUCGGAUUGCAAGUUGCCAGAUUACAAGCCGAUAGUUAAACAAGCCGGAGAGCUUCUUGGGCGUUAUACACUGCUUGAGGAGCCUUGGCCACAACCUGACUCUCUUGUGGUUAAUAUUCGAAGAUUUUGGGCAGAAGCAAACGAUUAUUUUAAUACAAGCUUAAAUCUGACCAAAAGUGCGAGAGGAGAGGUUCAAAUUGUAUGUUCACGAGUGAGAUCACACCUUGUUUAUGCCAUCAAAGACUAUAUGGCGAGGGGCUUGCUGUAUGGGAUGAAGGAGCUUCAUACAGCGGAUUCAAGAGCCACGAAAGUCAAUUAUCUACUCGAAAAGGACCGUUUCAUUAGUGAUCCUGAGAACUAUUCGACAGGCCGCCGGCACUUCUGGGCUCCAGAAAUCGUGGACGUGAUAUUUCUGAAGUAUUACAAAGGCGACAAGAUGCGUGGUGCAAAGGAUCCUGAUUUCGGCGAUGAAGGUUUGCACUUCAACCCGAGCCAGAAUACGGAUAUCAUGUUAAUGUAUUCUAGGAUGAUGGAUACAUGGAAGAAGAGAAGUGCACAGAACCAAAUGGGCACUCUAGAAGUGAUACGAGAAACGAUUGGAGAGAAGAUUGAGGAAUUACGAGGGCCCAAAGAGGUGAUAUCAAAGGUUGGUCAGAAGGAAGACGAUGAGGCGUUGGCAGCAGAUAUCGCGGCGUGGAGGGCUGCAAAGGCCCGUCGCAAGGCUCAGGGAGUUAGAGCUACAGUAGAGAAUAGCGAUGUGGACAACAAUGCCGUGCCACUAGGGCUAGGUGAAAGGGUAGAGGGGCUCGGAGGUUCUCCUGAGCCCUCAGGAGAGGGAACGGAUGCUCAGGAGAGUGUAGGAGAGCUUGCUGAGCCCUCGGGAGGGUAUGGGAGGGGUGGUGAGUUUUCUUAG